AUGAGUAGCAGUGAAGAUCACAAAAAGGAAGAAGAUUUAAAUAUUAAUGAUUCAGAAAUAAUUUAUACUUCAUCAAGUAAUGAAUCAUCAAAUAAUGAAGAAAAUCCAAUCGAAUUAAGUAUAUCAUAUUAUGAAAAUCAACAACAUCCAAAUAGACAUAGAAAUAGUUCAUUUGUUUCAAUAAGUAAAAAAUCUAUUGAAUCUAUUAGAAAAUGUAUUAAUGGUGAAUUUAAUAAUGAACAACUAGAUGAACAAAAUCAAAAGGAUCAACAAAAUCAACAAGAUAUUAAUAAUUAUUCUAUUCAUCAAAUUUAUGGUGAUUUAAAUAGUGAUGAAAUUAAUUUACAAAGAACUGCAACUAGGAAAACUAUAUUAAGUGAAAUUGAACAAAAUAUAAUAGAUGAAACAAAUGAUUUAAGUACUACUGAUACUUAUACUACAGAUGAUGUCAAAGAUGAUGAUGAUGAAAAAAAAAUUAAAAGACCAAUAGAAUCAGAAGAUCCGGCUAUAGAAGAUCAAAUAUUACCAAUAAAACAACAUGGUGAAGAAUUUAAUAAAAUAGAUCCAGAAUUAAUAACAUGGAAUGGUACAAAAGAUCCAGAAGAUCCAAGAAAUUGGAACAUCACUACAAAAAUAAUAUUAUUGGGAUUUGUUUCAUUAUAUGCAUUAGUUGCACCAUUAAGUUCAUCAAUAUUAUCACCAGCUAUGAAUGAAAUAUCACAUGAUUUUAAUAUAACAAAUCCAAUUAUACAAGCAAUGGUUGUAUCUAUUCAAAUUUUAGCAUGGGCUUUUGGUCCUUUAAUUAUUGCACCAUUAUCAGAAUAUGAUAUAUUUGGUAGAAAAAUUAUAUUAGAUUUAUCAUGUUGGAUGAGUUUUUUUUUCAAUUUAGGUUGUGCAUUUAGUAAAAAUACUUAUCAAAUGAUGAUUUUUAGAUUUAUUGGAGGAUUAUUUGGUUGUGUUCCAAUGAAUGUUUGUGCUGGUGUAAUAUCUGAUUUAUUUGAUUCACAAUCUAGAAAUGCUGCAUUAGCUGGUUAUUCAUUAGUUCCGCUUUUAGGACCAGUUAUAUCUCCUUUAGUAGCUGGUUUUAUUGUUGAUAAUAUGAAUUGGAGAUGGUGUUUUUAUGUAUUAUGUAUGUUUAAUGGGUUUGUUGCAGUUAUAGCUACUAUUUUUUUUAAAGAAACUUAUUCACCUACUUUAUUACGAAGAAAAUGUUUAAAAUUAAAAAAAAUAACUGGGAAUGAAAAUUUACAUACUAUUUAUGAUAUUACAAAUGGUGGAGAAACUAAAUGGGGUAGAUUAUGGUUAUGUAUGUCAAGACCUGUUACAUUAUUAUUUACACAUCCAAUGAUUAUUGGAUUAGGUUCAUUUAUGGCUUUUACUUAUGGAUUUAUGUAUUUAAUGAUUAUUACUUUUCCCAUGAUUUUUGAAAAACAAUAUGGUUAUAGUAAAAGUAUAACUGGAUUAAUGUAUUUACCAAUGGGAUGUGGAUUCAUAUUUGGUGUUUUAUUUUGGACAUUUAUGGUUGGUAAAGUAUAUAAAAACUUAACUAAAAAAAAUCAUGGUAUUUCAAAACCAGAAUUUAGAUUACCUUGUCUUAUUGCAUGUUCAAUUUUUAUACCAACGGGAUUAAUUUGGUUUGGAUGGUCAGCACAAUAUGAAUUACAUUGGAUUAUGCCUGGUAUUGGAUCAGCAAUUUUUGCAUUUGGAUUAGUUUGUGUUUUUCAAACUAUACAAAAUUAUCUUAUAGAUAUGAAUGUAAGAUUUGCAGCAAGUUCAGUUGCAGCAGCAGCAUUAUUUAGAAGUUUAUUUGGUUUUACUUUCCCAUUAUUUGCUAAAAAAAUGUAUGUUGCUUUAAAUUAUGGUUGGGGUAAUACAAUGAUGGGAUUUAUUGGGAUUUUAUUAGGUGUUCCAUUUCCAAUUUUUUGUUAUCUUUAUGGUGAAAAAAUUAGAAAUUCUUAUAAUAAAAAAUUUGAAAUUAAACAACAAAAAAGAGAUCAAAAGAAUUUACAAAGAUUAAAAAGACAAAAUGGUGAAAAAGAAUGUAAGGAAAGUAUGGAGAGUAUGGUUCAAGGUGGACUAGAAAAAAAAAAAUUGCAUACAUUAUUUCAAUUCUUCAAAUAA